AAUAAAAUCAAUACAGUUUCAGUAUUCGCAUUUGGUUUUGCAUUUCUUCAUGGUAUCAGAGCUAAAUAAUAUCUGCAUCUGAAUACUAUAGUUUGUUUCCUUCUGCUACAUUUGAAACUUUCUUCCAUCUUUCAUACUUCCUCAUAUUCUAGUUCGAAACAGUUUCGUCAAAUCAAACAAUGUCAAAGAACACGACUAAGCUUACCAUUCAAAGCUUCCAUCAUAUGGAAAGCUUAAUCUCAGUUAAGCUCUCAAACACCAAUUUUUUACUUUGGAAAUCUCAGGUCUUUUUCGUUAAUUCGGAGUGCUCAACUCAUGAAUCACCUUGAAGAGGAGGCACCUGCGAUGAAUAUCACAAGGAAUGGAAAAGAAGAAAUAAAUCCAGAUUAUGAGGUCUGGUUAAACAAUGAUGGAUUGCUCACCAGCUGGUUACUUGGAACCAUGAAUGAAGAAGCAUUGAGUUUAGUUGUUGGCUGUGAUACAACUAGCCAAAUCUGGAGGUGUCUUGAAGAUCAUUACCUUGCCUCUACUAAGGAACAAGAAAUUCACCUUAAGGGGCAAUUAACAAUCAAGCAAGGAGAUGGUGAAUCUCUUGAAAUUUUCAUAAGGAAGUUCAAAGGAACCUACGAUGGCUUGGCUGCAAUCCGCAAGCUCGUUGAUGACUUGGACAAGGUGUUUUAGCUAUCCAGGGAUGUAGGAACACGCUAUCAACCUUACAAUCUAGCAAUGUUGUCAAAAGGGCCAUAUCCUACUUUCAACCAAUAUAUUACAGGGCUGCAAAAUAAUGAAAGGGAGCUGCAGGCAGCAGAGCAGGAAAAUAAGGAUAAAACUUCAGC